AUGAAGACUUUUCUCUUCUUUCUUCUUCUUUCGGAAACGUGGACCGGUUUGUGACUUCUGACAUGACUCGUUCCUUAUCGUUCAAUCGUUUCAGGAACAUCGGCUUUUAUCGACACCAAAUUUCGGACCAAGAAUCUCAAGUUUUUUAACGAUUGCAGAGAUAUGAUUGCCACAGGAUCGAUUUCAAGAAUCACUGGCAUCAUCGAGAAAAUUGGUAUGAAAGGUUUCGUGAGUGUUGGCCCGGCCUCCGACAUGUUCCGAUUGGUAAUAUUCACUAUUAUGAGUUUGCAAGAGUUAACUCGAUUCUCAGCAAUGGAGCCGUGAAUUGGAACAGAUCGCUUACGAACAGUCCGAUAGUGGAGCAUUCGAAUUUGGGCACAGGGACAAGAAAGGAUACGGAAUGUUCACGUGGAAAGGAGACAUUAUUGACAUGAUAAUAGCACUUUUGGAUGCGAUUCCAUUAGAAAAGUUUAUUCCGGGGCCUGUGAUGAAAUUUAUCAAAGAUAUAAUUGGAACUGUGCUCAGACUUGUAAUAAUGCAAAGGUAGGCAUGGUUCACUAGAAAUUAUUUCAGUUCGAAACCAUAAUCCUUGUCAUUUACUUGGCCUACAAAUAUCCGGCACAAUUCCCAGUUCCCCGAUCCACGACUCUCGGACCCACACAUGUUAGAGUAGCAAAUAAUGAACGUUCCUCUUUUUCUUUCUUGCAGGCAUUUUUCGGCGAGCGCACACAUAUUGGAUGUUUCAACCACGUCACUCAUUCCGUCUGUGUUCUCAAAGAGUGAGCAUGUGUGUCGUGACCGUAACCAUUCAUCCUGUUUCAGAGUGCCUGCCGACGCCGAACGACUCUUCAAGAUCGGUAUUCCGUGUGACGAUUGCCCUGAAGAUUCUCGCUGCGAAGUGUUCACACUUGCAAAUGGCUGGUACCAGGAGGGAAAUUUGUGCAUUCCGUGGAGGAAUGAGAAGCCCGAGCCUGUCAGACCGCCAAUUGAGGACGAGGAAGAUGUGGGUCAAAUGGCGAUUGUGCACGACGGCAGUAAGGGAUCCUUCUCGCUCGUUGAUGACUUCCUCUUGUGCACGUUUAUCAUCAUUUUCUUGUGA